CCUCCUCACCCGUCCGCUCCGUCCGCACCGGCUCGAGAGGGAACCGCUCAGGCACUGCCGCCCCAGCUCAGUGCGGACGACGGAGAGAGGGAGGCGGAAGGAGGACACCCUCGCUCGCUUGCUCCCGCCCGCAGCCAGGCUCCCAGAGAAGGCGCGGAGCCCAGGGGGAGGAGCCGCCGCUGGCAGGCCCCGCCUCCGGCCGGGGAAGACGACGCCAGCGACCCGACCGGCCAGCCACCGCCCCCCUCGCCGGCCGAGACCCGCCCCCGGCCCUCCCCCGGUGGCAUGGAGGGGCCCCGCUCCUGACGGCCGCGCCGCCGCCUCGGCCCGCGCCCCACCUCGCGGCCCCUCCCGCCCGCCCCCGCUCGCAUGUCCGCGCCGCCCUAGCCGAGGAUGCUGAGGAUGAAGCUGCCGCUGAAGCCGACGCACCCCGCGGAGCCGCCGCCCGAGGCGGAGGAGCCGGAGGCGGACGCGCGGCCGGGCGCAAAGGCGCCGCCGCGCCGCCGCCGCGACUGCCGCCCCCCGCCGCCGCCGCCGCCCGCCGGCCCGCCGCGGGGCCCCCCGCCGCCGCCGCCGCCAUCCCGGGGGCUCGGGCCGCCUGUUGCUGGCGGGGCGGGGGCGGGCAUGCCGGGCGGAGGCGGGGGGCCCUCGGCGGCACUGCGGGAGCAGGAACGGGUCUAUGAGUGGUUCGGGCUGGUGUUGGGCUCGGCGCAGCGCCUGGAAUUCAUGUGUGGGCUGCUGGACCUGUGCAACCCGCUGGAGCUGCGCUUCCUCGGCUCGUGCCUGGAGGACCUGGCGCGCAAGGACUACCAUUACCUGCGCGACUCGGAGGCCAAGGCCAACGGCCUCUCCGACCCCGGGCCGCUGGCCGACUUCCGAGAACCCGCCGUGCGCUCGCGCCUCAUCGUCUACCUGGCGUUGCUGGGCUCGGAGAACCGAGAGGCCGCCGGCCGCCUGCACCGCCUCCUGCCCCAGGUGGACUCGGUGCUCAAAAGCCUGCGCGCGGCCCGGGGCGAGGGCUCGCGGGGCGGCGCGGAGGGCGAGGACGGCGACGGCGAGCAGGACGCCGAGAAGGACUGCUCCGGCCCGGAAGGCAGCGGCGCCGAGCCUCGGGCCGGUGGCGGACUGGGCUUCAGGGCCCAAGAGGAACUGCUACUGCUCUUCACCAUGGCUUCGCUGCACCCGGCUUUCUCCUUCCACCAGCGGGUCACCCUGAGGGAGCACCUGGAGAGGCUCCGCACCGCGCUCCGCGGGGGCUCCGAGGACGCAGAGGUGGAGGUGGAGCCCUGCAAGUUUGCCGGCUCCAGGGCCCAGAACGACUCUGCUCAUGGUGAUUAUGUGCAAAGUAAUGAGACCAGUUUAAUAGAACAAGCCCCAAUACCUCAGGAUGGACUUACUGUGGCCCCUCAUAGAGCUCAGCGAGAAGCUGUGCACAUUGAGAAGAUAAUGUUGAAAGGAGUCCAGAGAAAAAGGGCUGACAAAUAUUCGGAGUACACUUUCAAAGUAAAUUGGUCUGAUCUUUCAGUCACAACAGUAACAAAAACCCACCAAGAACUACAGGAAUUUCUACUGAAGCUUCCAAAGGAAUUGUCUUCAGAGACUUUUGAUAAGACCAUCUUAAGAGCCCUGAAUCAGGGUUCCUUGAAAAGGGAAGAACGGCGACAUCCUGACCUAGAGACCAUCCUAAGGCAGCUAUUUUCAACUUCAUCACGAGCUUUUCUACAGAGUCAGAAAGUCCACAGCUUUUUUCAAUCCAUAUCAUCAGACCCUCUACACAGUCUCAAUAACUUACAGUCCUCUCUGAAGACUUCUAAGAUAUUAGAACACUUGAAAGAAGACAGCUCAGAAGCUUCAAGUCAAGAAGAAGAUGUGUUGCAACACACCAUAAUCCACAAGAAACAUACUGGGAAGAGUCCCAUUGUGAACACUAUUGGUAUGAGUUGUUCUCCAUUGGACGGGCUUACCAUGCAAUAUUCUGAACAGAAUGGAAUUGUGGAUUGGAGGAAGCAAAGCUGCACCACCAUUCAGCACCCAGAGAACUGUGUGACCUUAGCUGACCAGCAUUCUGCUGAAAAACGGAGCUUAUCUUCAUUAAAUAAGAAGAAAGGAAAGACACAAAUAGAGAAGGAGAAAAUUAAGAAAACUGACAACAGAUUGAAUAGUAGAGUAAAUGGUAUUCGACUGUCCACUCCUCAGCAUGCCCAUGGUGGUACUGUGAAAGAUGUGAAUUUGGACAUUGGAUCUGGACAUGACACAUGUGGAGAAACAUCUUCAGAGAGUUACAGUUCUCCGUCUAGUCCACGACAUGAUGGAAGAGAAAGUUUUGAAAGUGAAGAAGAAAAAGACAGAGACACAGACAGCAAUUCUGAGGAUUCUGGGAAUCCGUCAACAACUAGGUUUACAAGUUAUGGUUCUGUCAACCAGACUGUCACUGUCAAGCCACCUGUUCAAAUUGCUUCACUAGGAAAUGAGAGUGGAAACCUUUUAGAAGAUCCCUUAAACUCGCCCAAGUAUCAGCAUAUUUCUUUUAUGCCAACUUUACACUGUGUCAUGCACAAUGGUGCCCAGAAGUCUGAAGUUGUCGUUCCUGCACCCAAAUCUGCUGAUGGUAAAACAAUAGGGAUGCUUGUCCCUAGUCCUGUUGAUAUCUCUGCAAUAAGGGAGUCCACAAAUUCAACCCCUGUUGGAAUACUAGGGCCGACAGCUUCUGCUGGAGAAUCAGAAAAGCACCUCGAAUUACUGGCUUCCCCCUUACCUAUUCCGUCAACCUUCCUUCCGCACAGUAGUACUCCCGCUUUGCACCUGACAUUGCAGAGGCUAAAAUUGCCACCACCACAGGGAUCUUCGGAGAGUUGCACAGUUAACAUCCCACAACAACCAACCGGAAGUCUGAGCAUCGGGUCACCAAACACUGCCUUUAUUCCUGUCCAUAACCCAGGUAGUUUUCCAGGAUCUCCUGUUGCUACCACAGACCCCAUCACAAAAUCUGCAUCUCAAGUGGUAGGACUAAAUCAAAUGGUGCCUCAAAUUGAGGGAAACACUGGGACAGUCCCUCAGCCUACCAAUGUGAAGGUAGUUCUUCCAGCAGCUGGCCUCUCAGCCGCACAGCCACCAGCUUCCUACACCUUACCAGGCUCCCCCCUUGCCGCCAGCGUGUUGCCCAGUCAGAACUCCAGUGUGCUCAACACAGCAGCACCUUCCCCCCAGCCGGGCAGCACGGGCCUCAGCCAGGCCCAGGCUACUGCUCCUCCUGCGGUUCCCACCCACACCCCAGGCCCUGCCCCGAGCCCCAGCCCUGCUUUGACCCACAGUACUGCGCAGAGCGACAGCACAUCUUACAUCAGUGCUGUGGGGAACACAAACGCUAACGGGACGGUAGUGCCACCGCAGCAGAUGGGCUCAGGUCCUUGUGGUUCUUGUGGGCGAAGGUGCAGCUGUGGGACCAACGGAAACCUUCAGCUAAACAGUUACUAUUAUCCUAAUCCAGUGCCCGGACCAAUGUACCGAGUCCCGUUCUUUACUCUGCCAUCCAUUUGCAAUGGCAGCUACCUCAACCAAGCACAUCAGAGCAAUGGAAACCAACUUCCUUUUUUUCUGCCUCAGACUCCGUAUGCAAAUGGACUGGUCCAUGACCCAGUCAUGGGGAGCCAGGCCAGCUAUGGCCUGCAGCAGAUGGCAGGGUUCGGGAGAUUCUAUCCUGUAUACCCAGCACCUAACGUAGUUGCCAACACCAGUGGUUCGGGACCCAAGAAGAAUGGGAAUGUCUCGUGUUACAAUUGUGGUGUCAGCGGACACUAUGCACAGGACUGUAAGCAGUCGUCCAUGGAGGCCAACCAACAAGGCACUUACAGACUGAGAUACGCACCUCCCCUCCCCCCUUCUAACGAUACGUUGGAUUCUGCAGACUGAGACAAGUAAAGCUUGCCUACUUAAUACACUCAAGUGUGGGGAGUCAUGGGGUGUGGAGGGGAGGAAAGGAAAGGUAUUUUGUUUGUUUCUUUGUCUAUACAUUUCCUAGAUUUCUAUGCAGUUGGGAUUUUUCAUUUCUCUGUACCGAUGUCCAAAACAAGAAAGAAUGCAAUGCUUUUGAGCCUCUGGUCUCCUGGUUCAACAACAGGCUUAUAUGUGUGAUACGUGUAAUUUAAACUUCCAGACAAAUUAUCAAAAGGAAAAUGUUGAUGCGUGCUUUUUUUUACACUGAAUACUUGCUGUGUGCAAUGUUUACUGAAUCUUUAAAACUGUGUAUUUGACCUUUUUUUACAACACUGGUGACAGUCAUAUGGUUUUGAAAAAAAGAAACUUUGCUUCUUCCCCAGCUUUUCUCACUUUCACCCUAAACUACACCUUUCUCCCCACCACCCCUCACUCUUCCCCUAGCCUGAGGCAGGAGUGGCCAGCAGUAUUCUUGUCUACACUUCUGUAAACUGCUCUGCAUAUAAACCAAGGGCAAAAUGUUUCACCUUAAUCUUAUGGGAGAAAUCAAACUCCCAAAGUAGUGUGUAUAUAUGUAAUAAACAGCAUCACGUAAAUACAUAUAUGCAGUGCUUGUCCACAUAAAAAUGAAAAUAAGUGGAAGAGGGAGGAAGAAGUCAAACCGUAUGAAACUGAAAAAACAGGAUGUAUGAAAUGGACAAAAAGCUUUUUCUUAAAAAAAAAAAAAAAAAAAGAACUUUUUACUUCUAUCAUACUUUUUUAGCCUGUUGCUUCAGAGAGACACAAAGUGAACACACUGGUGUGAAUGUUGUUCUCUGUGUGCUUGUGUUUGUAACGAAAGUCCACAGCCAAUUUUACUUGUCGUCUACCACCGUGUUGUGCUCAAAGAGACACUACUUGAGUAAAGAUUUCUUCCCUUCCUAUACCAACUGUUACAGUGUUAUGUUGUGUUUAAAUUGUGUGUGGUUUAUUGCAAUCCAAUCAGAAGCUAUGAGUUUCUACAAAAAGUCAGGUAUCUGUUCCCUAACCUGUCUCUCAUAACAAAGUCACUUUUAUAACAGUUUACCACUAUGCUUGAUUAUAAUGUGAAAGACUGAAUUCUGAGUGUGUUAAGAUGGUAUUAAUCAUGUCAGUGUCGUGUCACUAAGUUUAAUGCUGCUGUUAAAAAAAAAAUUUUUUUUAAAGCCAAUCUAUGUACUAAAUUGCUUCCAGGUAAUUUUUGAUUUCCUGAAGUGCACUGAGGUUAUCUGGAAGACUGGGUGUAUUUUUUGGUGACUGCUGCAUUCAACAGCGAUAAACAGCUACCACUGUAUAGUCACAGGUCUAAGGGGUUAGGGGUUUUGUUUUUCCAUUCCUCAAUACAGAGCAGAAAUGAUAGAUUUUUGUUGUGUGGGGUAAUGUUCGUAUGCAGCAGAGGAACUUAAAUAUUUGGUCUUGGUUCAGAAGCCUAACAGAUUGCUAGACAAAAGAAAAAACUUGAAGAAAAGAGAAGCUUAAUGGUUCGUAAGUAGCAUUUAUAUUUAUAGCACCAAUGUACAUUUUGAAACUUUCAGGGGUAGGAGUUAUGGGGAAGGGGAAGGGGUGGGCGUGAAAGGGUAGAUGAAAGCUUUAAUUUAGAAAGAAAAAAAGUUCGAGUAAAGGAAAUUAUUUUGAUUAAAUAUAUUUUAUUUGAUCUGGGUAUUUUUGGACCACAUGAUUAAAUUAAUUGUUAAGCUGCAGUUGAGUUGUUCGAGUGGGAGUUUUGAUAAGCCACGUACGGGCCGCAUUGUGAACCACUUGCCAGUUGUACUUUAUGGAGCUUAUUUUAUGAUUUAAAAUACUGUACUGUACAUAGGAGGUAUGUUACCUUCUCCUUAUUUGUAUGUUUACCAUAUACUUUGAUAUUUGAAAUGUUAUGUACUGGAAAGGCCACUUAUAUUUCUAGAACAGAUUGGAUUUUAUGCAACCUUUUUUCCUUGAAUUAACAGCAAUAAAAAAAUGAAAAACAGCUUAA